AGGUGGUUGAUGGGCCGUUCUGGGGAGCCGGGCAGGCCGGGCUGACCGCGCCGUGCCGCGGCUCCCGCAGGAUGAGGGAGCGGUGGCUGCAGGUGGCACUGCUGGCCGUGCCCCUCCUGGCCGUGUACCUGCACGUCCCGGCCCCGCAGCUCUCCCCGGCGCUGCGCUCCUGGAAAUCCUCCGGCAGCUUCUUCACCUACAAGGACCUGAGCAUCUUCUACAGAGAUUCCAGCGGCGCCGUGGGCAGCUCGGACGUCGUGGUGCUCCUGCACGGCUUCCCAACGUCCAGCCACGACUGGAGCAAGAUCUGGGAAGGGCUGACCCAGCGCUUCCACCGGGUGAUUGCCCUGGAUUUCCUCGGAUUUGGAUUCAGUGACAAGCCUAGGCCCCAUGGCUACUCCAUCUUCGAGCAGGCCACCAUCGUGGAGGGGCUGCUGCGGCACCUCGGGCUGCGGCACCAGCGCAUCAACCUGCUGUCCCACGACUACGGGGACACGGUGGCCCAGGAGCUGCUCCACAGGUAUGAGCACAACAAAACUGGCAGCAUCCUGAUCAACAGCCUCUGCUUGUCCAACGGAGGGAUUUUUCCCGAAACAAACCACCCCCGCUUCAUCCAGCAGCUCCUCAAGGAUGGGGGGCUGCUGUCCCCCCUCCUCCUGCGGCUGAUGAACUUCUUCUUCUUCUCCGGAGGGCUCAGGGCAGUUUUUGGGCCCUACACUCAGCCCUCGCAGGCGGAAUUCUGGGAUAUGUGGACGGCAGUGCGCAAUAACGACGGGAAUCUCGUCAUGGACAGUAUUUUGCAGUACAUAAACCAGAGGAAGAAGCACAGAGAGCGCUGGGUUGGGGCUUUGAUGUCUACCUCAGUCCCACUGCAUCUCAUCUACGGGCCCCUGGACCCCGUGAAUCCACACCCAGAGUUCCUCCAGCUUUACAAGAAGGUGCUGCCCAUGUCCACAGUGUCUGUUCUGGAUGAGCACAUCAGCCACUAUCCCCAGCUGGAGGAUCCCCUGGGAUUUCUGAAUGCCUACCUGAACUUCAUCAACUCCUUCUGAGCUGCUGCAGCUCAGUUCUCACUCUUGGCCCAGAGUCAGGCUUUGGGGGCAGGAAAAAAAUAUUGAUUUUCUCUCCCAAAUCCAACACUGUGCUCACACCCUCAUCCUGGGCUGCCAAACUGAGUUAAAUCCUUGGAGAGCUGGAAAAAUGAGGGGGAAAGCAGGAUUCUGACAGCUCUUCCAGCCCUGCACUCUCCUUCUUGUCCAGCUGAACUCAGCAGAGGUUUAAAUUAACAUGAAAUCAGAAUUUCUAACUUCCCUCAUCGCCCUGGCUUGGGAAGAAACAACCACUUCAUCAGCAGGGAGAGGCAGAAGUUCCCUCACAAAAUCCCUCCAUCCCCCUCCCUCCCCAGUUUUCCAUAUGGGAUUUUUCCCAGUCUGAGCCCAGGAAAAGGCUGCCCUGAGGUUUGGUUAUUAUAUUACCUGACAUAAAGCUCAGAGAACUGAAUCUGCCUCAAGAGAUGGAGUUUAAUCUCUCUCUGUACAUUGAUUUUUCUGUGUGGAAGAAGAGACAGUCACAAAAAUACUGCAAAUGUGGAGGUUUGGGGUGGUUUUCAGCUGCUGAUGUUGGGAAUUUAAUAGCAUCCCUUUAGGAAUAAGGGGGUUUUGCUUAAUAAACAGCCAUUAUGGGAUAUUUUUUCUGUACAGGAGCAGACAGAAUUAGAACAAAAAAAAUCUAUUUUAUUAACAGCAAUUCAUAUGAAUUCCACCACUUGAACCAGUGUUUAUUUUCUGUUAAUAAAAAGCAAUUUUGACAAAAA